AAAACAUUAAGUGUUUAAAUUGCAACCAAUUUGAAUAAUGAAGAUAUAAGAUGACGAAUAAACUAGGCGUCUUCGUCACGAUAAACAUCUGGGGGAUGUGUUAUAUGGUGAAUGUAUUGGAAAUUAUAGUUGAAGACAAAGGCAAAGUGAUAUUGUUUAAUACAGAAGAUUUUGCAAAUAUUUAAACUCUGAUUCAUCCUAUCCAAGCAGAGAAAAAUGCCUACAUCGCAUGCUAGAAAUAUAUUUGGGAUUUGUUUUCUAAUUGGAUUGUUUGUUGCCUUAAUUUCACUCGGCGUUUACUUCUUCUGGGCAAAGAAAGAUGUGGCUCAAGAACGCGAUGUGUUACUAAGUAAUCUAACAUCAAAUGUGUCGUUUAGGAAAGAAGCUGACGAAGAUGAAGAUAUACACUUUACUCGAGCAGAGACUUUUUCAUCUUCAACAGGCCCAGGAACGAUCGGUAGUACCACAAUGGCAUAUGUUCCAAGCACAAGUAACCCAUCUCAAGAGGGUAAACAUCAAAGCGGAGUAACAGUGACAAGUUCCUCUACCGAUGCCACAGUUUCAAUAAAAACUCAUUCCGGCUCAGAUAAUGACCACAAACAAUACGAACUUCGCCUAAACAGAAACGGCAAAUCUAGCAGCGGCAUUGUGUACAUAGAAAGACAUGACGAGGAACUUGGUUUUCUUUGCGCAGAUGAAUUUACAGCCUCAGACGCCACGGUAGUCUGUCGGGAGCUUGGUUACACCAAGGGCAUGGUCUACCACUCAAUAACGGCAUAUCCCUACCACCGCUACACGCAUUCCGAGCCAAUUCUCACCAACCUAAGCUGUUCCGGGGAGGAGAAGGCCAUUAAUGAGUGCAGUGGCUUCCAGUGGGGAAACUACACUACAUGCUCGUGGUGGGCUUCUGUGAUAUGCUACAACAAAAAACCUUACUCAUUACGUCUUGUGAACGGGCUUUACCAAGAUUCCGGCAUGAUUGAAAUGGAGGUGGGUGGGGUAUGGGGAAUUCUCUGUGCGGCCAGAUUCUUCAAUGACGACGUGGCAGAUAUCUUAUGUCGUACCAUGAACUUUACAGGUGGUCUGGCGUUAGACAGUAAGAUGAUUGAUCACACCAACCACACCAAAGUCUGGGUUCCUUACGUUUCGUGUCAUGGUGGCGUGGAGGCAAAGUCUCUGUUUGAUUGUGAGAUGACCCUUCAUACGGAAAAUAUACUCACCGACCUGUAUGACUCCAUGGCAAAUCUCAAAAACGACAUUUACCUUGCAUGUCUAAAUAAGCCUGUGUCACAUGCUGCAACAGUGCAAUGUUUUAAACAACACUUCAAAGGCAAAUAAAUGUGAUAUCAAAUCGUUUUAAAUGUUCUGUGUUAAUAUGUGUGCUGUUAAUUGCUCAAUAAAUGUUUAAGUAUG